AAUAACCCCAAGGCUGCUCGUGUAGGUCUUGCGUCUCGCCAAAGCUCUGCCCAAUCUGCAGUCUUUCUAUUUAGAUCCUACCUCCCUCCUACUCUUUCCUCUAGAGCUCAGUUGAAACUGCAAGCAUCGCAAAGCUUGCAUUGUUCGCCAUGUCGUCCCAGGUGAACCACUCAAGCCACGAUAUAACGGCUCCUGGCUUUGGCCAACCUUACGAUCCUUUUGCCGACCUUUCGCAUGAUGCGGAUGACACGGACGAAGCCCUGGACUUCGAUGAUACAUACGAUGGGCUAGGUGAUCAGUUGGAUGAGACGGACGACGCCUUUAACGACGACACCUUUGGUGGGGGCACCGGAGCAUCCCACGCGCCCGUUGGCAAAGAUUUUGAUUUCUUUGGUCAGACUGCGAAAGUCGCAAAUGCCAUCGAGGAAGAACAUCAACGCUUUAGCCGCCAGAAGCCUGUCCCUAAGACAGCGCCAACUACGUCGACGCAAAACUAUAGUUCAGGAUAUUCGUAUCAGCCAGCGCCGAAACCGGCCAGAACGGGCUAUGAGAAAUACAAAGAGGCUGAGCCCGUCUCUGAUCUCCAGGUUGAUGCCUCAAUAUGGGGCGUUCAGCCCAAGAAGGCCGCCGCACCAACAUCAACAACCCAGGGCCAACCGGCAGGCCCUACGACAGGCCGAAAGAUGAUGAGCUUAGAAGAGGUCGAGGCGGCAAUGAGAGCUCAGGCAAAGGCUCCUCCUCCCCAAAUUCCACAGGCUCAGCCACCCCAACCGUCUUUUGGGGCCUCUCCCGAGCCUCAGACAUCGACCCGGCAAGCGCACCACCCCCAUCUGGAGUCUCGAGAACACCAUCCUCCACCGCAACAAUUUGACAAUCGGCAAGCUCAAGGCCUUUACCCGCCUGGCAACCAUCAGGUCACGCAAGGCCCAACCGCACACGGGCACCCCAUCGCAAUCUUGCAACGCCCAUCUUCGAAGCAGGCCCCGCCUAGUCCUCUGCCCGUCCAGAAUCAGCCACCUCCUAUGGGCUUUCCGACGCAGAUACUGCAAAAUCCGAAUCGCCUCCCCGCAGAACCUCCAAGGACGGGCGUGCCAACCCACCGACAACAGGGAUCACUUUCUCACCAACCACAAGUUGGCGCAACCGCCCCUCAACUGUCUCACAUGACUGAGCACGAAAAAUCGGCCUUUCUCGAAGCUGAGGCAAGGCGUGCGAAGCGAAACCACAAGAUUCAUGUUCUGUCCAAAGACAAUGGCCUAAUGACUCCGCAGGAUAAAAGUUUUAUCACCAGAAUUCAACUUCAGCAGCUCGUCUCGGCCACUGGAGAUCCGAACGAGCACGGCACCGACGCCGCCCUUGCAGAGGAUUUCUACUACCAGGUUCUUAGCUCCUUACGGGCGGGACAGCGACCGAAUCCAAACCAACCAUUGAACACAUUUGCCCAAACAUACCUCUUCCAGACAGGUACCCGCCAUGGAGGUAUGAGACGACAAGGCCGUGGUCCGGAGAAUCAUAUGCAGCGCAUGGAGCAACAAGUGCAGCGCGCCGUCGAGGCUGCGAAGAACAAGCCCAAAAACAAACAACUGGUCAUCGAAGGCAGCUUGGGAAAGAUUUCUUUCAGUAACGCGAAGACACCCAAACCUCUCCUAAACAUUAAGAGGGCCGAAAGCAACCCCGAGACCCAUCGUCCACACCCAACCUCUAAGGGGACUGAUAAGAAGGAGACGCUCCGAAACAUCGAGAGCGCGUACAUGACUCUGAUGAAGAUGGAAGACCUGGCUCGCGUUAUGCCUCCUUCUCCAUCUGACGGUCAGCCGGAUCAAGCGUUUGCCGAGCGACAGCUGGAGAAGCAGAGACUGAAUGAGAAGCUGUGGAACGAGCUCAAAGUCCACGAGCCUAUAGGUGCGACUGCAGUACAUCCAUUCAUCGACUUUCUUUCCUAUCCCAAAGGGAAGAAAGCUAUCCCCCGCGUCUUCCAGCAUCUGAGUCCCGAACAGCGUACGACUAUCUUGACAAUUAUCAUUAUCCACCUGGAUCAACUUGAUGUUGUUCGAGGCGCGCAGGUCCAGACCGGAGAACCUCUUAGCCUUAAUGCUGCCACGCGGGAAAGCAUCGAGUUAUUCUCUUUGGCAGUGAUGCCAAGCCUCUUCCAGCUCCUCAGCGAAUCAGAACUCCACAUCGUCACCGGCGUGCUGGGAUUGAUAACCCAGAAUUUAAACGUGGACCUAGUCGCACGGACACGUAUCGGCGUGUCUAUGUUGACUAUGAUUCUCAGUCGAGCGGAGCUCGUCAAACAAGCGGGGCAGGUGGACGAGCAUUCCCAGCCUUGGAAGCAAUGGACCUCGACUUUCAACCAAUUUUUCAAUGCCUUAGAGCCGACGCUGCCCAACAUCUUCCCUGGCACCGUCACAUCUGGAGAGGACAUUUAUGUCUGGCAGUUUCUGGCAGCCAUCGGCAUUGGUGCUAACCCAGUGGAGCAGCAACGAUUGGUCCUAGCCGUGAAGGACCGCGUCAUGGAGACGGUGGGCCUAGCGAAGACACUCCCUCCUGACAUGGCCAAGCAGCGAUUGGACAAUGUCAACCUCUUUAUGCGAUCCAUUGGCCUCGACGUUGAAUUAUUGAACUAGGCCAUGGUAAGCAGACCGAAGGUCUCUUCUACUGGGCCAGCCUUGGCCCCAACGGCGGCUACAUUCAGCGAAUAUGCUUAUUCACGCCGGACGGCGCAGCU